AAGCUAGCUAGCUCCUCUUCUUCACUCUCGAUCUCUCCCGAGCAAAGAUUUGGCUAAGAAAAAUGCAACCUUUUGAUGACCAAUCCAUAAACGAGGAGGAGCUGCCACUGGAGCUAAACCCUAAUCUCGUUCCAAACUUGUCCUACUUCCCCAACCCUACCCCUCCUACCUUUUACGCUUCUUCUAGCUUCGACAAUCAUGCCCUCUUCGGUUCGAUCGCCGUCGAGAAUGCAAGUGUUCCUAGUACUGCCGUUGCUACUGCUGCCGCUGUUGCUGCUGCUUCUUCCGGAGACACGAGAAAAGGAACGAGAAAGGGGAGGCAUAGCAAGAUAUGCACGGCGAAGGGGCCGAGGGACCGGAGGAUGAGACUGUCCAUCGACGUGGCGCGGAACUUCUUCCGGCUCCAGGACAUGCUCGGGUUCGACAAGGCCAGCAACACGGUGCAGUGGCUGCUCACCAUGUCCAAGGCCGCCAUUAAAGAACUCGCUUCCGUUUCCUCCUCCAAGAUUUGUACUUUUUUAGGGAACCCGAGCUUCGAGAGCACCGAAUCCUCGACCUUGCGUGGUGACGAAGCCGCCUCAGGAUCUAAGAAGGCAGCAUCGAAGACGAAGGCAAAGAAAGAAGCCGCCAAACCUUCCAAGAAGAUCACGGAACUCCACUCGGCGCAGGCGAAGGAACUCCGGGCCAAGGCAAGGGAGAGAGCGAGGGAGAGGACCAGGGAGAAGCAAAGGAUGCUGUCUAAUUCUUCCUUCCCGAUCACCUUGGAUCCCAUGAGCCACCACGACAGCUCGUUCCACUUGAAGACUCUACUUGAAUUUGCUAAUAGGCAAGUCGAAGGGGGGGACGACAUUUGCGCCCUACCGAGCGAGGGAAACAUGCCGGCCGAUACAAUUCCGGUCAUGAGCAAUAGUCAGGCGGCCAUGGCAGAAAUGAACAUGGCGAGCUACAUGUUUGAAGAACAGUGGGAGAUGGAAGCCCUUUCCAUGUACUCAAGAUGAUGAUACAAGACAAUUCCAGUAACUACCUCAUUAUUCUGGUUUCCUCAUCAUCUACUUUGCUAGUUAGUUAGUUAAUAUCAGUUGUGGGCUAUCUGAACUUAUGACCAGAUUUCUAUGUGUCUGUGAUCAAGAACAAAUUGUUUCUAGUUUAAGUACUCCUUUUUUCAGCAUGAAUUCUGAAUUGAGUUUAUUAUUUA